GCAAUUGACCUUAUUAAUCAAAGCUGACAUAGGGAGAAAAGGCUCUCUCCUUGUAUUAGCUAGUCUACUCACCACCACCAACAACAUAUUUAGUAAAACUAACCAUCAUUUCCCCUUUCACUAAUAUACAUCACAUAAACAAAACACCCCUUUUUCCUUCCAACUUUUUUCUCAGAUAUUGGUGUCCCAUAGAAUCUGUUCUAAAACUGAAGUUGCUUUUUUUCUUGGCAGCCAUUGGAAGAGAAACAGGAUAUACCAACUUUUUGGGUUUUUUGAGGAUUCUGGAUUCAGCUAGAAAAGAUGAAAUCCUGGGUUGUGAUCAUAUUAUUGAGUAUGUUACUUGUUGGAGAUGCUGUGGUAGAGGGGAAGCCGCGGCGGAUUGUCUUGGAUACUGAUAUGGACACUGAUGAUUUCUUUGCUCUUCUGUACCUCUUGAAGCUUAACCAAUCAGAUUUUGCAGUUGAGGCAGUGACCAUCAGUGCAAAUGCCUGGAGUAAUGCAGGACAUGCAGUGAACCAAGUAUAUGAUAUUCUGUACAUGAUGGAUCGCGAUGAUGUCCAUGUCGGUGUUGGAGGGGAAGGUGGUGUUCUUGAUGAUGGCACCAUACUCACCAAUGUAGGUGGAUACCUUCCAUUGAUUGAGCAGGGGAUGACAACAGCAGGAAGCUGCAGAUACAGACAGGCGAUUCCAGUUGGUGGGGGAGGGAGGUUGGACAGGGAUUCUAACAUGGGUCUCAGGAGAGCAUUCCUUCCCCAGGGAAUUAGGAGGUAUGUCCCUCUUCGACAGCCUACAUCGCAGCAAGUGCUUAUAGAGAAAGCAUCUGCAGGUCCCAUAACCAUACUCAUGAUAGGUUCUCCAACAAAUAUAGCCAUUUUCUUGAUGAACAAUCCACAUUUGAGGAAGAACAUUGAACAUAUUUACAUCAUGGGAGGUGGUGUGAGGUCAAGAAACCCUGCUGGCUGCUGUCCUCUGAAUGCCACUGUUUCUUGCCAGCCAAAGCAGUGUGGUGACCCUGGGAAUCUGUUUUCUUCCUAUGAGAGCAACCCUUAUGCUGAAUUUAACAUAUUUGCAGACCCUUUUUCUGCAUACCAGGUUAUUCAUUCAGGAAUUCCAGUCACUCUAGUGCCCUUGGAUGCAACAAAUACCAUUCCGACAGAUCCGGAGUUCUUUGAAGUGUUUGAACAGAAACAGGCGACAUAUGAGGCACAAUACUGCUACAAAUCCUUGAAAAUGGCCCGGGACACUUGGUUGGAUAACCAAUUCUACUCAAGCUACUACAUGUGGGACUCUUUCACAUCUGGUGUGGCAGCUUCCAUCAUGCUGCAAAAUCCACAUAACAGCAAAAAUGGAGAGAAUCAGUUUUCAGAGAUGGAGUACAUCAACAUCACUGUGGUGACCUCAAAUCAACCUUAUGGGAUCAAUGAUGGCUCUAAUCCAGCCUUUGAUGGCCGUCGUGUUCCCAAAUUUGGUCUGGAGAAAGGUGGGAUUCAUAGUGGACAUGUCCAGACAAGCCCUAGAGAUCCAUUCUGCAUAGUGAAGAAUGGCAAAGGCAAAUGCCAGGAUGGCUACACAAAGGAGACAGCAGGUCCAGAUUCAGUACAAGUUCUUGUUGCCACAAGAGCAAAGGCUAGUGCAGAACCUAAUAGCCAGCUGAAGAAAGCAUUUUUCAAGAGCUUCUUAGAUGUUCUGAAUCACCCUCAUCAGUCUGGGAAGUUCAAUUUCACAAACCAAUUUCCUUACUACAGAGAAGUUCUUCACAAACCAGACUUUGGGACUAAGAGACUAGGGAAACCUGUUGUGUUUGACAUGGAUAUGAGCCCUGGAGAUUUCCUGUCCCUUCUUUAUCUCCUUAAAGUUCCUGUAGAAGUGAUCAACAUAAAGGCUAUCAUAGUAAGCCCGACUGGGUGGGCAAAUGCUGCGACGAUAGAUGUUGUUUAUGACUUGCUCCACAUGAUGGGCCGCGAUGACAUCCCUGUAGGGCUUGGAGAAGUGAUUGGAACAAACCAGUCUAAUCCAAAGUUCCCUGAUUCAGUUGGAGGCUGCAAGUAUUCCAAGGCCAUCCCUCAAGGUAGUGGUGGAUUUCUUGAUUCUGACACAUUAUACGGUCUAGCUCGAGACUUGCCUCGAAGCCCCAGGAGGUACACCGCAGAAAACUCUGUAGCAUUUGGAGCCCCUCGAGACACUGAUCACCCCAAGCUCAGGCAGCCCCGAGCAAAUGAAGUAUGGGAAUCAGUGAUGAAGUCAUUGGAAUCUGCAGGAUCCAAAAUCACAUUGCUGACAAAUGGACCUUUAACUAAUCUAGCUAAGAUUAUUCUGUCCAAGGACUAUAAAAGCUCUAUGAUACAGGAAGUUUAUGUGGUAGGAGGACACCUCAGCAAUGGAUGUUUUGAUAAGGGUAACCUCUUAAACAAGCAUCCAAACGAUUAUGCAGAGAUGAACAUGUUUCUUGAUCCGUUUGCUGCAAAAACUGUCUUUGAAUCAUCACUCAACAUUACACUAAUUCCCCUUGAAGCUCAACGUGAAGUCAGUUCCUUCUCUAAACUCGUACAAAAGCUCAGGUUGACAAAUAAUACUCCUGAGGCAUUGUUUACCAACCGCUUGAUCUCGAUGCUUAAUCGCCUGCAACAUAUUCAUAACAGAUAUCAACACAUGGACAUAUUCCUGGGAGAAAUUCUAGGUGCAGUAGUUUUGGCUGGUGACCAUUCUGUAGUGAAGCCUGUGCUACAAGUCAAACCCAUCAAGGUCCUUGCUGGAGGUGAUGAAUCCACCGAUGGCCAAAUCGUGAUCGAUGAGAAGCAAGGGAAAUCAGUCAGAGCAUUGAAAUCUAUAGACCCAGAUGCAUAUUACGAAGCAUUCGCAAAUCAACUAGGGGAAAAGGAGCAAUCUGCUGUUAUAGGAAGCUUUGAGGAGCAGAAAAGAAUCUGGAACACACCACCAAAAUAACACCAAGAAUCUGCACCAGACUAAUUGACACGGAAAAGUUUUAGUUUUUAUUAAUACUUGCCUAUUAGAAGGAGAUAUAGGAAAAUGGAUACUCAAAGCAAAAACAGAAUACAGUUCAUAUAGAAAGGUCAUAUACAGACAGUGUUCUAUCUACUCUAAUAAAGCAGUGUCUAAUCAGAAUGGUAGGUUGUAAAAGUUGAUAUUUGAGAGUAUAGCUU